GCCCGAGCCCGCCGCGGCGGCUGCCGCUCCGCAGCAGCGCCUCCUUCGCGCGGCGCCCGCGCUCCCGGCGGCGCAAUUCUCCCGCCUCGGCCAUUUUCCCUCCUCCCUUUUCCCUCCAGAGCCUCAGACUCUAGUCCUCCCCCCGCGCGGGGACUUUUCCGGAAAGUUUUUAUUUUCCGCCUUGGCUCUUGGAGUAGGACGCUCCCGGCUCCGCGGCAGCAGAACUUUUCAGCCACCCUCGGCUGCCCUCCGCGCGCCCGGCCAAGAGAUGAGCGCCCCUCCGGCUCUGCGGCCGCCCAGCCCCUUGCUACCCGUGGCCGCGGCUGCGGCUGCAGCCGCCGCCGCGCUGGUCCCGGGGUCCGGGCCAGGGCCCGCGCCGUUCCUGGCUCCGGUCGCAGCCCCGGUCGGGGGCAUCUCGUUCCAUCUGCAGAUCGGCCUGAGCCGCGAGCCGGUGCUCCUGCUGCAGGACUCGUCCGGGGACUACAGCCUGGCGCACGUCCGCGAGAUGGCUUGCUCCAUCGUCGACCAGAAGUUCCCUGAAUGUGGUUUUUAUGGAAUGUAUGAUAAGAUCCUGCUUUUUCGCCACGACCCUACCUCUGAAAACAUCCUUCAGCUGGUGAAAACGGCUAGUGAUAUCCAGGAAGGCGAUCUUAUUGAAGUUGUCUUGUCAGCUUCUGCCACCUUUGAGGACUUCCAGAUUCGCCCCCACGCCCUCUUUGUUCACUCAUACAGAGCCCCAGCUUUCUGCGAUCACUGUGGAGAAAUGCUGUGGGGGCUCGUCCGCCAAGGCCUUAAAUGUGAAGGAUGUGGUCUGAAUUACCAUAAGAGAUGUGCAUUUAAAAUCCCCAACAAUUGCAGUGGUGUGAGGCGGAGAAGGCUGUCAAACGUUUCCCUCACUGGGCUCAGCACAGUCCGCACAGCGUCUGCCGAGCUCUCUACCAGUGUCCCCGAUGAGCCCCUUCUGUCUCCUCUGAGUCCCGGCUUUGAGCAAAAGUCACCAUCAGAGUCAUUUAUCGGUCGAGAGAAGAGGUCGAAUUCACAGUCAUACAUCGGACGACCGAUUCAGCUGGACAAGAUUCUGAUGACCAAGGUGAAGGUGCCGCACACGUUCGUCAUUCACUCGUACACCCGGCCCACCGUCUGCCAGUACUGCAAGAAGCUCCUCAAGGGGCUCUUCCGGCAGGGCCUGCAGUGCAAAGAUUGCAGAUUCAACUGUCAUAAACGCUGUGCACCAAAAGUACCGAACAACUGCCUCGGCGAAGUGAUCAUUAACGGAGAUUUGCUUAGCCCUGGCGCAGAGUCUGACGUGGUCAUGGAAGAAGGGAGUGAUGACAAUGACAGUGAAAGGAACAGUGGGCUCAUGGAUGACAUGGAAGAGGCAAUGGUCCAAGACGUGGCGAUGGUGAUGGCUGAGUGUCAGAACGACAGUGGGGAAAUGCAGGACGCGGACCCGGACCACGAGGACUCCAACAGGACCAUCAGUCCAUCAACAAGCAACAAUAUCCCGCUCAUGAGAGUAGUGCAGUCUGUCAAACACACGAAGAGGAAAAGCAGCACGGUGAUGAAGGAAGGGUGGAUGGUCCACUGCACCAGCAAGGACACACUGCGGAAACGGCACUACUGGAGACUGGAUAGCAAAUGUAUUACCCUCUUUCAAAAUGACACAGGGAGCAGGUACUACAAGGAAAUUCCUUUAUCAGAAAUUUUAUCUCUGGAACCAGCAAAACCUUCAGCUUUAAUCCCUAGCGGGGCCAAUCCUCACUGCUUUGAGAUCACUACGGCAAAUGUAGUGUACUACGUGGGCGAGAACGUGGUCAACCCUGCCAGCCCGCCCCCUGGCGGCAGCGUCCUCACCAGUGGCGUGGGCGCAGACGUGGCCAGGAUGUGGGAGGUGGCGAUCCAGCACGCCCUCAUGCCCGUCAUCCCGAAGGGCUCGGCCGUGGGCUCAGGGACCAACUCUCACAGAGAUAUUUCUGUGAGUAUUUCAGUAUCAAAUUGCCAGAUUCAAGAAAAUGUGGACAUCAGCACGGUGUAUCAGAUUUUCCCCGAUGAAGUGCUGGGUUCUGGGCAGUUUGGAAUUGUUUACGGAGGAAAACAUCGUAAAACAGGAAGAGAUGUAGCUAUUAAAAUCAUUGACAAAUUAAGAUUUCCGACAAAACAAGAAAGCCAGCUUCGUAAUGAGGUUGCAAUUCUACAGAACCUUCAUCACCCUGGUGUUGUAAAUCUGGAGUGUAUGUUUGAAACGCCCGAACGAGUGUUUGUUGUUAUGGAAAAACUCCAUGGAGACAUGCUGGAGAUGAUCUUGUCGAGUGAGAAGGGCAGGUUGCCAGAGCACAUAACGAAGUUUUUAAUUACUCAGAUACUCGUGGCUUUGCGGCAUCUUCACUUUAAAAAUAUCGUUCACUGUGACCUCAAACCGGAAAACGUGUUGCUUGCCUCAGCCGACCCUUUCCCCCAGGUGAAACUGUGUGAUUUUGGUUUUGCCCGCAUCAUUGGAGAGAAGUCUUUCCGGAGAUCGGUCGUGGGCACCCCUGCUUACCUGGCUCCUGAGGUUCUGAGGAACAAGGGCUAUAAUCGCUCUCUAGACAUGUGGUCUGUCGGGGUCAUCAUCUACGUGAGUCUGAGUGGCACGUUCCCGUUUAAUGAGGAUGAAGACAUACACGACCAGAUCCAGAACGCGGCUUUCAUGUACCCACCGAACCCCUGGAAGGAGAUCUCUCACGAAGCCAUUGAUCUUAUCAAUAACUUGCUGCAAGUGAAAAUGAGGAAGCGCUAUAGCGUGGACAAGACCCUGAGCCACCCUUGGCUGCAGGACUAUCAGACUUGGUUAGAUUUACGGGAGCUGGAAUGCAAGACCGGGGAACGAUACAUCACCCAUGAGAGCGAUGACCUGAGGUGGGAGCAGUAUGCGGGCGAGCAGGGGCUGCAGUACCCCACAUACCUGAUCAACCCGAGUGUGAGUCACAGCGACACUCCUGAGACUGAAGAAACAGAGAUGAAAGCCCUCAGUGAGCGUGUCAGCAUCCUCUGAGUUCCAUCCCCUAUAAUCUGUCAAAACACUGUGGAAUUAAUAAAUACAUACGGUCAGGUUUAACAUUUGCCUUGCAGAACUGCCAUUAUUUUCUGUCAGAUGAGAACAAAGCUGUUAAACUGUUAGCACUGUUGAUGUAUCCGAGUUGCCAAGACAAAUCAACAGAAGCAUUUGUAUUUUGUGUGACCAACUGUGUUGUAUUAACAAAAGUUCCCUGAAACACUAAACGUGUUAUUGUGAAUGAUUCGUGUUAUAUUUAAUGCAUUAAACCUGCCUCCACUGUGCCUUUGCAAAUCAGUGUUUUUCUUACUGGAGCCUCAGUUUGAUAGAAGUCUACAGAGCCUGGCCCUGAGAAGGCCCCGUAUGUGUCCCCCCUGAGUUGUCAUGCUAAGCCAACUCUUGAAGAGUGGAUCAUUACCAGUGUUCCAUGAACAGCUCCAAAAUUCACGUGGGAAAAAGUAUGACGGAGGGUGGGACAAUGGAUAUACGAUCCUAAGACACAAGUGCAUGAGAAUUUUACUGUAUCAUGUCAAAUCCUUUACCUGCCUCGUGUGCCUCAACCAGUGUGUUUAAACUCAAGUAAAUGCACCCAGGCAUGUCUGCUACUCUUAAGCCUAAAUGCCUUAGAAAUGUAAACUAUAGCAGAUCUGUUUCCCCUUUUUUACAAUACCUGCUGUGCUAUGGAAAACCAGCAGCUAAGCAGCCUUUUUGCCUUUGUGUAUUUUUCAAUAACAAAUAAAUAUUCUUG